GCCCACCUUCCGGUACUUCACCUGGCACACAUGCCUGCUGGGCAUCGCAGGCUGCUGUGUCAUGAUGUUCCUCAUCAGCCCCGUGUCCGCCUCGGCAAGCCUGGGCUUCCUCCUCCUCCUCCUCCUCGCCCUCCACUACCUCUCACCCAGCAGCACCUGGGGCUACAUCAGCCAGGCCCUCAUCUUCCACCAGGUGCGGAAGUACCUGCUGAUGCUGGACGUGAGGAAGGACCACGUCAAGUUUUGGCGCCCGCAGAUGCUACUGAUGGUGCAGAACCCACGGGGCAGCGCCCGCCUCAUUGACUUCGUCAAUGACCUCAAGAAGAGUGGCCUCUAUGUCCUGGGCCACGUCGAGCUGCAGGACUUGGACACGCUGCCCUCAGACCCACUGCAGCCCCAGCAGGACUCGUGGCUGAGCUUGGUGGACAAGCUGAACGUCAAAGCCUUCGUCAGCCUCACUCUUGCGCCCUCAGUGCGGCAUGGUGUCCGGCAGCUCCUCUUUACCUCUGGCCUUGGUGGGAUGCGCCCCAACACCCUGGUGCUGGGCUUCUACGAUGACACAGUGCCACAGGAUGGUCUAGCUCAGCACCCUGCCUUCACCAGCGCCCGCGAGGAGGUCCCCCUGGGCUUCCCCCCGCUGAGGGCACCUGCCACCCCCAAGCUGCUGUCGGCCCGGGAGUACGUGGGCAUCGUGGCUGAUGCUCUGAAGAUGCUUCGCAAUGUCCUGCUGGCCCGGCAGCUGGAGAGCCUGCGCCUCUUCCUCUGUGUGGAGGCGGGCGCCAUGCCCCAUGCCCAGGAGGAGAAGCUGCGCCAGCUCCUCAAGGACUUGCGCAUCCAGGCCCAGAUCCAGCUGGUGCCCUGGGACACCGUCACCCGUCUGCACUGGCAAACCCGCCGGGGACCCCCAGGGGGGCCAGCGCCCACCGGAGUGGCAGAGGAGGAAGAGGAGGAGGAGGAAGGGGCCGUGAACUUCCCAGCCAACGCCACCCAAGUGUCGGAUGAGUACGUCUGUGCCGCCAACAAACUUGUCCUGGAGCAGAGCCCU